AUGGACGCCACGAACACACUCUUGGACCGCUCUGCUGCUAAUGCGCUCUCCCGGACGAUGUCUGCCUUUGCCAGUCCGUCUUGGCUUCGAAGGUACCCCACACGCUGCUGCCAUGCUACUGCUGCCACCAAGGCUGUCACUACAAACCCUUUCCUACGCGUGGCUCAACUAGCCAUCACUAGCAUACUCUCGCCGCGACCUACGCCGUCGCCGCCGUUCCCCCCCCCUCCCGCCGCGAUUACGCCUUCCUCGCCUGCGGAUUCCACCGCCGCGAGCGCAACGCCGCUGUCCCCUCCUCCCCCCCGCCGCGACCCCCUGUCGCCGCCUCCCCUUCUCGCCGCCGCGCCUGAUUCGGCGCCGCCUGCGCAUCCUGCCGCCGCGACGCCUCGUCGCCGCCUGCCCGCUGCCCGUCCCUCCGCCGCGACGUCACGUCGCCGCGUUCCCGCCGCCGCGCCUGCUACGGCGCCGCCUGCGCAUCCUGCCGCCGCGACGCCUCGUCGCCGCCUGCCCGUCCCUCCGCCGCGACGUCUCGUCGCCGCGUUCCCGCCGCCGCGCCUGCUUCGGCGCCGCCUGCGCAUCCUGCCGCCGCGACGCCUCGUCGCCGCUUGCCCGUCCCUCCGCCGCGACGUCUCGUCGCCGCUUUCCCGCCGCCGCGCCUGCUACGGCGCCGCCUGCGCGUCCUGCCGCCGCGACGCCUCGUCGCCGCCUGCCCGUCCCUCCGCCGCGACGUCUCGUCGCCGCGUUCCCGCCGCCGCGCCUGCUUCGGCGCCGCCUGCGCAUCCUGCCGCCGCGACGCCUCGUCGCCGCUUGCCCGUCCCUCCGCCGCGACGUCUCGUCGCCGCUUUCCCCGCCGCCGCGCCUGCUACGGCGCCGCCUGCGCGUCCUGCCGCCGCGACACCUCGUCGCCGCCUGCCCGUCCCUCCGCCGCGACGUCUCGUCGCCGCGUUCCUGCCGUCGCGCCUGCUUCGGCGCCGCCUGCGCAUCCCGCCGCCGCGACGCCUCGUCGCCGCCUGCCCGUCCCUCCGCCGCGACGUCACGUCGCCGCCUCCCCUUCCCGCCGCCGCGCCUGCUUCGGCGCCGUCUGCCCGUCCCGCCGCCGCGACAGCUCGUCGCCCCCUGCCCGUCCCGCCGCCGCGACCUAACAUCGCCGCCUGCGCAUUCCGCCGCCGCGACUGCUCGUCGUCACCUCCCCGCCCCCGCCCCCCCCCCCCCCCCCCCCCCCCCCCCCCCGCCGCGAUUUCGCAUUGCCGCCUCCCCUCCCACCGCCGCACCUGCUUCCGCGUCACCCACGCAUCUCGCUGCCCCUUCUGCAUCGCCACCCUCCCGCAAUUUCCCCCGCCGCAACUGCAACAUCGUCGCCCCGCGGUUCCCGUUAACGCCACUGCGCCGCCGCCGCCCUACCGCCGCGACUGCUUCGGCGCCGCCUGCCCAUCCUCCACCGCGACCGCGCCAUGCCCGCCCACACUUCCUGCCGCCGUGACUGCCCCGUCGCCGCCUGCAGAUUCAGCCGCAACUGCACCCUCCCUUCCUCCUCUCCCUACUCCUCUCCCCCCCCCUCCCCCUCCCCCUGCGCCCCUCGUUGUCGCGGCCUGCCUGCCGCCGCCGUCCCUCGUUUCGCCGCCGCGGCCCUUCCGCCGUCGUCUGCGCCCCUCGUCGUCGCGGCCUGCUCGCCGCCGCCGCCCCCGACUUUGCCACCGCCUCCCCUUCCCGCCGCCGCACGUUCGCACAGCCGCCUGCGCCCUUCGGCAGCAGCAGCGGUAG